AUGCGGAUUCCGUGUCAUCCAGUAGCAAGGCUAGCUAAUCACCGUGCUCCCGUUAACGGCUUGUCAUGGGCACCUCAUUCCAGUACCCAUAUAUGCACAGCGGCUGAUGAUGCCCAAGCAUUGAUAUGGGAUGUUCAUGAAAUACCACGACCGAUUCUCGACCCGAUUUUGGCAUAUCAAGCAGCAGGCGAAGUUAACCAAAUACAUUGGUCAACGACGUUUCCCGAUUGGAUUUCAAUUUGCUACGCGAAUCGAUUAGAAAUUUUGCGAGUUUGA